CAGAGAGAAGAUGGGAUGCUGUUAUUAUUCUCACUUUACAGCUGAGGAAAAUAACUCAAUCAGAAUUAAAUAAUUUGCUCAGGGUCACACUGCAUAAGUGUCUAAGGCCAGAAAGAAACUGCUGGCAGAAGAUUACAUUGGUACUGCUAUAAUUAUAGGAAGAAAAAAGGCUAGGGAUUUCCUAAGUAAUUACAGUUAUUCCUUCCACAUCAUGGGGGUUAGGGAUGUGGUACCCCAAGAUCUGGAAAAUCCACACAGAAUUCUUUGGCCCUUUCUUCAUACCAGAGAUGAAGUCUGAUUUUUUUUUUCUUUUUCUAUUAUGAGGGUGUGUACAGUACCUUAUUGUAAAAUUUGGGUUGCUAUUAUAUAAUACUAUACCUAUAUUUUAUGCAUUUAAGAGUUUCUAAACUUUUUUCUGUGUCAUCUGCGGACCUUCAUACGUCAUCUAUAAGCUUCUGCAAAACUCCCCCCAAAAAUCUCAUUUACUUUCUUAUGCCAACCCAUGCUAUAUGUAUACCAAAACUCAGAUAUGGAAGGGAUGCCUAUAAUGAAUUGUGUAAAUAAGAUGAUUGUUUAGCCUAGUUUCGAGUUAAGGCAAAUAGUGUAUUCAAAAUCUCUCUUUAGUUGCAGGAUUUCCUUUCAAACAAUGUAUAAACUAAAUAGAAUUAUUCAAUUAGGCACUUAGAAUGGAUGUAUGGGUAUGUCUAUAAAGGUAUGUGUAUAUAAAGAUGUACAAAUAUAGGGAUCGAUUGAUUGAUUUACUGAUUGAUUUGAUAGAGCCAGUGGACAGAAGGCUAGGCUUGGAGUUAAGUGACCCUGAGUAUAUAAUUUGACUUCCAUAUUCCCCUGAUACUUUUCUCCUACAACUUGGUGGUCAGAGUUCUUCAUACUGAUCACAGGUCCUCUUUGAAUUCCUAUUUUUUUAAAGUACAGGUUGGAUUCUCUAAAGCAUAGCUCUGAGCUCUCAAUGUUCCUUUCUCUAUCAGCAGAAUUAAUAUGUAAGAAAUGCUAUAUUCUUUUUAAAAUGCUCUAUAAUUUGUCCUUGCUUCACACCUGUACAUUUCCCCCAUUUUGUGUGGGCAAAAUAUUUGUUGGUGACAGUUACCAGAGAACCAAAGGAGCCCUGACUAAUGGGCAUGGGGGAGGUGAAUAUGGAGGGUAUUUUGUAUUGAUGGUUCAUUUAACCUUUUUUUUUAUUUGAAAUAGGGCAAAAGACUAAUGAUAAGUGAAUCAGAGGCUUGAGAAAGAGAUGAAAUUUGGCUGUCUUUCCUUCCGGCAGCCUUAUGCCGGGCUGGUCCUAAACGGAGUCAAAACGCUAGAGACUCGUUGGCGUCCUUUGCUGGCAAGCCAACACAGCUGCACCAUUGCUAUUCACAUUGCUCAGAAAGACUGGGAAGAUGAAUCAUGGAAGUAUAUACUGGUGGAGAGGCUCGGGAUGACAAGCACUCAAAUUCAGACGUUAUUGGAUGAAGGGGAGAAAUUUGGUAGAGGAGUUAUUGCUGGGCUCGUGGACAUUGGGGAGACACUACAGUGUCCUGAAAAUCUGACUCCAGAAAAGUUGGUGAACCUGGAGAACAAAGCUGUGCUGACUGACUUAAAAAAAAAAUACCUGACCACUCUUUCAAAUCCAAGGUGGCUGUUAAAACCAAUACUAGCUAAAGGUGGCAAGGAUAUAUUUGAAGUUGAGAUCCCCAAAGAACUGAUCCCUUUAGAAGAGGGAAAUUUUUCAUGGCUUCCCAAGAAUGAAGUUGCAGAGAACUGAGCCAAAUAUCUUUAAUGGAUAUGGUUUCCAUAUGAGCCAAACUGUAAAUUCCUUUUAUUAUAUUAAUUGUUAAGGGGGGAGGAGAGGAAACCAUCAUUUCUCAAAACCAUAUCAGUGGGACUUGUGAUUUCAAGCUAAGGCAUCCAGGAGGUAUAAAUCUUUUUCAUCCAUUGACAAUAACAUUUCAGAUCAUCUGGUCUAAUGCAGACAGUGACAUUGGCCAAUAAAUGUCAUCAUGUUACUGUUUUUAUCCCA